AUGCCAAACUCAACGUGCUCCUCCCCAGGUCCCUUAGAAUCCGUAGACGAGCUCUACGCCAGCUCAACCUCCUCUGCCUCGCCCGCUUCACCCAAGCCCGCCUCUCCAGUGUCUCAGCGCUCCAUCUUCCGUCCGCCCACCGAGUCGCAGUCGCCGUCGCCACGUCCCCCACCUCGUGCCUCACCUGCUAGAACAACCGAGGACCCCCGCUCAGUACUGUUUGAUGAUCAUGUGGCAUCCGCACAUGUUCCGGGCAGUCUACAUCUUGCGCCAGAUAGCACCAUCGAGCGCCUCAUCGAGCGCCAGGGUGCAAUCAUGUUGAUUCGUCAGCUUGCAUCUGACCUAGCUCACCGAGACCGCGAGCUUGUGUCUGUACGUCGGCGCGCAGAGGAGCGCGAGAGGGCGCUCAAGCGUAUGCUAGUGGAGGUGGAAGUCUCGAACGCUAAUAUUGAACGUCGGCUUGCCACGGCAACGUUAAGCAGGGAGGACACUAGCUAUACUGAGAAUAUUGACGAGAUGAUGCAGCAGGCAAUGAGCGAGGAGGACACAUUCAGUGUUGUAGACGACUCAUUCAGUGAGCGUAUAGACUGGGAUGACGCUGCCGGGGAUGACCUGAUCACGCCAAAAGCAACGAUACGGGCACGUUCGGGAGUACGGGACAGCGACACCUUCUCGAUCACAUCGGCCGGGUCCACGAGUCGGCGGAACUCUGCGCUGCGAGGCUGGAAGGAAUACUUUUGGGGGCCCAAAGGAGCCCAGGAGGAGUACAACAGGGGCCGACCCGCAUCACUAUUGGCUAAGCGGAGAGGUAUCACGAAUGAGACUUUUUCGCCACCGCCAGGCCUGGAUCGAAAUGAUCCAGAUAGUAGGGCGUCGAGUAGAGCGCCGUCGAUAUAUAGCCCGACGUCACCGGGGAAGCAGGGGCGGGCAGCAAAUUUCCAGAUUUCUUCUACGAUACGGGGGCCUGCGCCGCCGCCGUCGUCGCUAUAUACUUACCCCCAUUUCGCUUCCGACCAGUCUCACCCUACACCGCCGCAUUUCCAUACUGCCUCAUUGUCCCAUAAAGACGGGGGUGUUGGUGAUCCUGCCGAUAAUCUGGCAAGAAGGCGGACAUCUAGCACAGUCGCCGCCUGGGCCCUGCGCCUCGUAGCCAACGCCCCGCCGACUGACCAAGAGAAUCAGCAAUAUAACCCCAAGAGUCCGCAACAACGUAGUGUCAGCGGUCCCGCUGAACCCUCAGACCGCCGUCUUAGCGCUAGCUCGAUUAACCGCGAAGACCUGCAGCGCAUCAUGGCUAAAAACACGGCUAGGGUUCAACCCAGUAGUCCCCGCCGGCGCGCCCUCUCCUCGGCAUCUAACGGUGGCGCACCACCGGCUAAGUUCUUUCCAGCGACAGGGGAUGCUAGCGCUAGUGGAGCGGCAGUGGGCCCAGUGGAGAUGGAUACCAUUGUACCGCAUGCGGUGCAGCCGCCAACGCUAUUACAGUGCUGGAAUGAGUACUAUCCUACAGACUACCUGACGGAUAGGUUUGGUUUUAUUUAUAAUAAGGAUCGGAGGAAUAGGACUGAGGUUCCAGCGAAGUCAAAAGGGCCAAAGGAUGAUGAGGAGGCAGAGCGCAGCAGUUUUAGCAGUGCUGACAUAGAGUUUCCGGCCACUGUCACCACUUCCGCUACUGCCUCCUCUGCCAAUCACACGUCUAAUGAGGAGGGUGUGGGCAAUGAUGCUGCGGACCCAAAAACACCAACAAAGUGGCAAGAACUACUCACUCGGCCUCCAUCACCAAGUGUGGGUGCAUCCAACGUCUCUCCCAAAGCGUCAAUCAAUGAACCACCUGCAAGUCGCAGAGGCAGUCUCGCAAAGCCUAAACCACAAGCUAUGUCAAUCCUUGACAAGCUCAGCACACCCGCACCACCCACAUUCUCUUCGGCGCCCCUUGCCAUACGCUCCCCACUCCACUCAGACCCCACCAACGGCACCGUCCGCCUACUCCUCGGCCAGCUCAGCGACCUUCACGAUACUCUCCAGCGCGACCGUUCUACGAAAUGGAACGAAUUUUUCCGCCAUAUCCGACGCGACCGUGAAGAAGCCCCAGAAGGCAGCGGUGUUGGUGACGGUGAGCUCAUCGGCAUUUCUACCCUCGGUCGUGGCGGAAAAACCCGCUGGAAGGAGUUCAAGUCGCUCGUACUGGGCGGUAUUCCAGUUGCAUACAGGUGGAAAGUGUGGGCGGAGUGUAGCCGUGCUACUGCCUUAAGAGUGCCUGGCUACUAUGAGGAUCUGCUAGUGAAUGGAGCCGAUGACCCAGGAGUUCUGGGACAGAUCGAGAUGGAUAUCAAUAGGACUCUCACGGACAAUAUCUUCUACAGGAAGGGCCCAGGAGUCGGUAAGCUCAAACAGGUUCUUGUAGCGUAUAGUCGUAGGAACCCCGCAGUGGGGUACUGUCAGGGUAUGAACAUGAUUGUAGCGAGCUUGCUGCUCAUCAUGCCGAGUGAAGAGGACGCAUUUUGGGUACUAUGUAGUAUUGUGGAGAAGAUACUCCCAAAGACGUAUUUCGAGACUAGUUUGCUUGCGUCGAGGGCGGAUCAACAGGUGCUAAAGCAGUAUGUCCGCGAAAUCCUCCCCGCCCUCGACUCCCACUUGUCGAAGCUUUCGGUUGAGCUUGAAGCCCUCACCUUCCAAUGGUUUUUGUCAAUCUUCACCGAUUGUCUCGCCGCGGAGGCACUCUUCCGCGUUUGGGAUGUUGUUUUGUGUCUCGUCGGCUCUCCGUUCCUGUUCCAAGUGGCUCUAGCGCUACUCAAGUUAAACGAGAAAGCACUGCUAGACUGCAAUUCCGCUGCGGGGGUUUACAGCUAUCUUAACGGGGAGAUGACGCAUCAGGGCAUUAGUAUCGAUGGACUUAUCAGGGAGAGCGAUGCAAUGAGACAUGUGGUUAAGAAAGUAGAUGUAGAGAGACGUAGAGAGAAGGCCGUCGAGAGGGAGCUGGCAGAUAUGGCAGGAAGUGAGGCGGCCCCUGACGAUAUUGCUGCUGCUAUGGAGGACUCAGUUAAGUCGCAGGAGCCUGUGGUGUCUCCGGACCCAGCUGUUCCCCCGGAGACGGUUGUUUCUCCGGACCCGGUGGUCUCGGAGGCGACAAUCACGCCGCCGCACCCGCUUUCGCCUGAGACUGCGCCAGUGGUGUCUGAAGCAGAAAGCCCACCUGCACCGGCUAAAGCGUUACCGGAAACGGUGGAGGAGGUGGGGGAGGUGGGGGAGGUGGGGGAGGUGGGGGAGGUGGUGGGAGAGGUGGAGGAGAUGGAAGGGAAGCCGAUAGUAGUGAUGGUGGAGGACGUGGACUUGAGUGCUACUAAAAGCCUUGAGGUUUCGGUGUCUUUGACCCCCACUCCCGAACCCGAAAUUGAGAAGUCGGAGAGCUCGGUGAUGUCGCCUAGGUCGUCGCCGAUGCCAUCGGCUGCUGCGGCUGCAGUGUUGUUGUCCGCUAUGUAA